GCAAGAAAGCAACGGCAACAAUGACAAGGGACUGCACAAUGGUGUCCAGCUCAGCUCAGCUUAUCUGCUUCUGCUUCUUCAUCCUCUUCACUGCCACCGCCACCACCGCUACUGACCACAUCGUCGGUGCUAACAAAGGCUGGAACCCUAGUAUCAACUACACUCUCUGGGAAAACAACCAAACCUUCUAUGUCGGUGACCUUAUCUCUUUUAGGUACCAAAAGACACAGUACAAUGUCUUCGAAGUGAACCAGACUGGGUAUGACAACUGUACAACAGAGGGAGCCCUAGGCAACUGGACUAGUGGCAAAGAUUUCAUACCUCUUAACAAGGCCAAGAGAUACUACUUCAUUUGUGGGAAUGGGCAAUGUUUCAAUGGCAUGAAGGUUACUAUCCUUGUUCACCCUUUGCCGCCGCCACCAUCUGGUAGCAUUGCUGCUAAUUCGACACCCUCAGGUUCUGCAGCUCCAGUGGUUUUCCAUAAGGGAUUGGUGGGCUUAAGGGCUUUCGUCUUGGCAAUUGCUUCAAUUUGGUUUGGAUCUGGUUGGAUCUAGUAGUAGUUAGUGAUUUAAUUCGUCGGUCGAAGCUUGGUGGAGCUGUAGUAAUUUUGUUUCCCCCCUCUAUUUAAUCAAUUUUUUAUGGAAUUUAAUCAAUUUUAUUUAUCUUUUAUUCUUGGCUGAGAACAACUUGACGGCAUCAUCGAAAAGUUCUCUCUAAUAUAUAUAUAUAUAUGGAAGCUCUGCUGCCUCUGCAAAAUAACUCAUUGCAUUCUAUUUAUAGGAAGAAGUAGAGAAACUUAGCUAAACAAAGGAGUUUUCAAACCAAGUCACAUAUGUGGUCAUGUGACUGAUCAUCAAAAGGUGAGCUACUAAGAUACAAGUAGGUGCACCAAAAGAAUCAGACAACUUCUAUUUGUUCAAGACACAUCACAACAUGAAUUCAUUCCAUGCUUUGUUUCGUAAGCAGCAACAAGAUUCAUCUGCCCUGAUGACUUGUCAUUGCCAUACUCAAGCUUGAGUUUGUGUCAUUCGAAAGUACUAUAGAUAGACACAUGAUUGAAACAUCCUACUACAGGAUAUUAGACAUG